UGUGAAGAAGAGACAGCCAAGUGAAUGCUGAGACAUUUGGACAUGCAGUGGGGAGAUUUUGGUAAAUAGGAGACUGCACAAUAACAGGCUGUAAAUCAGAGUGAGAUUAGACAGCAGAGAGACAUGCAGGGUACAGAGGUGGAGACAGAGAAGCUGGGAGGGGGGAAAUAAAAUAAGAGACUACAAGAGACCUUCGAGCAUAUGCAGAGAAACCAGAAGGAGACCGCUAAGCUAGAGCAGUCAGUACAGAGAGAGCACUUGCUGGAGAGACACGAGGUUUGUGUAGAGUGCACUCAGCAGGGAGCAGCCAGGGAGGGAGAGAGAUCAAAGCACUCAGCAAUGUGACCGGGAGUGUGCACUGGAAGAGACGCCCUGUGAUGAUCAUAACCUGUGGGAUCUCCGUAAGAGACAGCCUGGAUCCUGCGAGUUCCUGCAGGGAGCCUGGAGCAAUGGGAGGCCGUGAUCAAGGAGGAAUGAGACUGCUGCUGGGAUCACUGAUACUUCUCCUGUGUGCACCAGGGUUGCGAUGCAGUUCUGAGUGUUCCUGUGGACGCAAUCACUUUACCUGUGCUGUCAGCGCCUUUGGAGAGUGUACGUGUAUCCCAGCGCAGUGGCAGUGUGACGGAGACAAUGACUGUGGAGAUCACAGUGACGAAGAUGGUUGCAUGUUGCCUACCUGUUCCCCACUGGAUUUUCACUGCGAUAACGGAAAAUGUAUCCGUCGUUCGUGGGUGUGCGAUGGUGACAAUGACUGCGAGGAUGACUCUGACGAACAGGACUGCCCGCCGCGAGAAUGUGAGGAAGACGAAUUCUCAUGUCAAAAUGGUUACUGUAUCCGCAGCCUGUGGCACUGUGACGGGGACAAUGACUGUGGUGAUAACAGUGACGAGCAGUGUGACAUGAGGAAAUGUUCAGAGAAAGAGUUUGGCUGCGCUGAUGGGAGUUGCAUUGCGGAGCACUGGUUCUGUGAUGGAGAUACAGACUGCAAGGACGGUUCUGAUGAGGAGUCCUGCCCCUCUGACGUCCCAGCCCCGAGCUGCAGUGUGGAGGAGUUUCAGUGCGCUUACGGUCGCUGCAUUCUAGACAUUUACCACUGCGAUGGUGACGAUGAUUGCGGAGACUGGUCUGAUGAGUCCGAUUGCUCCUCCCACCAACCCUGCCGUUCAGGAGAAUUCAUGUGCAACAGUGGCCUGUGUAUUAAUUCCGGCUGGCGCUGCGAUGGAGACUCCGACUGCGAUGACCAAUCAGACGAGAGAAAUUGCACAACCUCUGCCUGUAACUCGGACCAGUUCCGCUGCGCAUCGGGGCGCUGUGUACGACUGUCGUGGAGAUGCGAUGGGGAGGACGACUGUUCAGAUAACAGUGACGAGAUGGGCUGUGAAAAAACCGGUACCCCCCAGUGCGCUCAGGAUCAGUUUCAGUGCAGCAACGGACGUUGUAUUGGGCAAAGGAAGCUCUGUAAUGGAGUUAAUGACUGUGGGGACAGCAGCGAUGAAAGCCCGCAUCAAAACUGCAGACCUCGCACAGGAGAAGAGAAUUGUAAUCACCAGAAUGGGGGAUGUGCACAGAAGUGUCAGACCGUGCGUGGAUUGGUGCAAUGCACAUGUCAGACGGGAUACAAGUUAAUGGAGGAUGGGCGAUCUUGCCAGGAUGUGAAUGAGUGUGCGGAGGAAGGCUACUGUAGCCAGGGAUGCAGUAAUUCGGAGGGAGGCUUCCAGUGUUGGUGUGAAGCAGGAUACCAACUCCGACCAGAUAAACGCAGCUGCAAAGCACUCGGGCCAGAGCCAGUUCUACUUUUUGCAAACCGGAUAGAUAUACGGCAGGUCCUGCCACACCGUUCGGAGUAUACCCUUCUUCUGAAUAAUCUGGAGAACGCCAUCGCCUUGGAUUUCCACCACAGCCAUGAGCUUGUCUUCUGGUCAGAUGUUACCCUUGACCGAAUCAUGCGAGCUAACCUCAAUGGAAGCAAUGUUGAAGAGUUGGUAUCUACGGGUCUCGAGAGUCCAGGUGGUCUCGCCAUUGACUGGAUUCAUGACAAAUUGUUCUGGACAGAUUCUGGCACUUCCCGUAUCGAAGUUUCCAAUCUCAAUGGGUCACAUCGCAAGGUUCUUCUGUGGAACAACUUGGAAAAACCCAGAGCCAUUGCCUUGCAUCCCAUGGAGGGCACCAUCUACUGGACAGAUUGGGGUAACACACCACGUAUUGAAUAUGCCAGCAUGGAUGGGACCAAUCGCCGUGUUAUUGCUGACACACAUCUCUUCUGGCCCAAUGGACUGACCAUUGACUAUGCUGGGCGGCGCAUGUACUGGGUGGAUGCUAAGCACCAUGUCAUUGAAAGAGCAGACCUGGAUGGAUCCAACCGCAAGGCUGUGAUUAGUCAAGGGCUCCCACACCCGUUUGCCAUCACUGUGUUUGAAGAUAGUCUGUACUGGACCGAUUGGCACACUAAAAGUAUCAAUAGUGCCAAUAAAUUUACAGGAAAGAAUCAGGAAGUGAUCCGGAAUAAAUUACAUUUCCCCAUGGAUAUUCACACUCUGCAUCCUCAGCGCCAACCUGCAGGAGCUAAUCGCUGUGGAGCCAACAAUGGUGGCUGUUCUCACCUCUGUCUGCCCAGUGGAAACACUUUCACCUGUGCUUGUCCAACUGGUUUCCGCAAGACCGGCUCUCAGGCCUGUGCCAGAAGUCUUGACAAGUUCCUGCUUUUUGCCCGAAGGACGGACAUCCGGAGGAUCAGCUUUGAUACAGAUGACCUGUCUGAUGAUGUCAUCCCAUUGUCUGAUGUGCGCAGUGCUGUAGCACUGGAUUGGGACUCCACUUAUGACCACAUGUACUGGAGUGAUACCACCACUGACUCAAUCAGCCGGGCAAAGUGGGAUGGCAGUGGCCAGGAGGUCGUCAUAGAAACAAGCUUAGAGAGUCCAGCUGGACUUGCCAUAGAUUGGAUCACUCACAAACUGUACUGGACAGAUGCAGGUACGGACCGAAUCGAAGUAGCAAAUACUGAUGGGUCAAUGCGCAGUGUGUUGAUCUGGGAGAACCUAGACCGCCCACGGGAUAUUGUGGUGGAUCCAAUAGGAGGAUACAUGUAUUGGACAGACUGGGGAGCAAACCCAAAGAUCGAGCGUGCAGGGAUGGAUGCCGUUGGUCGUAUGGUCAUCAUCUCCUCCAACCUAACCUGGCCAAAUGGACUAGCCAUUGACUAUGACUCAGAGAGACUUUACUGGGCUGACGCAGGAAUGAAGACCAUUGAAUCUGCACGGCUGGAUGGGUCUGACAGACAGGUACUGAUGAAUACUGAUCUCCCGCACCCUUUUGGUUUGACUCUGUAUGGGGAUCGGAUUUACUGGACUGACUGGCAAUCAAAAAGUAUUGAGAGCGCAGACCGGAAGACUGGGCUUGGACGUAAAACUGUGCGGGAGAACCUUGAGAAUCUGAUGGACAUCCAUGUGUUCCACCGCCAUCGGGAGCAGGUCCAGUCUGGUUGCUCCAAAAAAAACGGAGGAUGCAGCCAUAUCUGUCUUCUCUCACCUCAGCCAAAAGGUCACAGCUGUGCCUGUCCUACGGGGGUCAAUCUGCUUGGAGAUGGCCGUACUUGCUCAUCAGGAAUGGACCGUUUCCUCAUCUUUGCUCGCAGGACAGACAUUCGCUCUGUCUCUCUGGAUAUCCCAUAUUUUGCAGAUGUCGUUCUCCCGGUUAAUGCUACCAUGAAGAACACAAUAGCUGUUGGCGUGGACCCACUGGAUGGUUUGGUGUAUUGGGCAGACAGCACACUACGGAAAAUUAGUCGAGCAGCUCUAGAUGGGUCUGGUCACCAAGACAUUAUCACCACCGGUUUGGUCACCACAGACGGUCUGGCUGUCGAUGCGAUCGGCCGAAAAGUAUUCUGGACAGACACUGGGACAAAUCGAAUUGAGGUGGCAAAUUUGGAUGGCUCUAUGAGGAAGGUGCUUGUAUGGCAGAACUUGGGCAGCCCUCGAGCCAUUGCCCUUUACCACGAAAUGGGAUACAUGUAUUGGUCAGACUGGGGGGAGAAUGCAAAGCUGGAAAGAGCAGGAAUGGAUGGCUCAGGCAGAACAGUUUUGAUCAGCUUGAAUCUCGGAUGGCCAAAUGGACUGGCUGUGGACAAGGCUGGAUCUCAACUUUUGUGGGCAGAUGCACAUACUGAGAGGAUAGAGGCCUCGGACCUUAUGGGGAAAAACAGACGGAUCCUUGUGUCUCCAGUCCACCAUCCAUAUGGCCUCACUCUCCUGGAUGCCCACAUUUACUGGACUGACUGGCAGACACGCAGCAUCCAAAGGGCAGAUAAAGACACCGGGGCAAAUAUUAUUGUAGUCCGAGACAACUUGGCCGGCCUCAUGGACAUUCAAGCUGUGGACAGGACUCAUGCCCUAGGAUUUAACAAGUGUGGAGAGCGAAAUGGGGGCUGCUCCCAUCUGUGUCUGCCAAACCCAUCCAGCUACUCAUGUGCCUGUCCUACUGGUAUCCAGCUGAAGAGUGAUGGCCGGACGUGUGAUCCUUCUCCCGACACUUACCUCCUGUUCUCCAGUCGAGGCUCCAUUCGCAGAAUUUCACUCGACACGAAUGAUUAUACAGAUGUCUAUGUUCCCAUCCAGGAGCUCAACAAUGUAAUCUCUCUGGAUUACGACAGUGUGGAUGGAAAAAUAUACUACACAGAUGUGUUCCUGGAUGUGAUCAGGAGGGCAGAUCUGAGUGGCGUGGGCAUGGAGACCGUUAUUGGUGAGGGACUGAAGACCACCGAUGGGCUGGCGGUCGACUGGGUUGCCAGAAAUUUAUAUUGGACAGACACUGGUCGGAAUACCAUAGAGGUGUCAAGGCUGGACGGACGACACCGGAAAGUGCUAAUAAAUAACAGUCUGGACGAACCUCGUGCCAUUGCAGUAUUUCCAAGAAAGGGUUUUCUUUUCUGGUCAGACUGGGGUCACGUUGCGAAGAUUGAAAGGGCUCAUUUAGAUGGCUCUGACCGCAAGACGAUAAUUAACACUGAUCUGGGCUGGCCAAAUGGAUUAACUCUGGAUUAUGACACCCGCAGGAUAUUCUGGGUUGACGCACACCUGGAUCGCAUUGAACACUCUGAUCUGAACGGGAAGAUGCGCCAAGUGCUAAUCAGUCAGAUGUCUCAUCCCUUCGCUCUCACACAGGAAGGACGCUGGAUCUACUGGACAGACUGGCAGACAAAAUCCAUCCAGAGAGUAGAUAAAUACACUGGUCGGGACCAGGAGACUGUUUUGGGGAAUGUUGAAGGCUUGAUGGAUAUCAUUGUGGUGUCUCCUCACAGACAGACAGGUACUAAUUCGUGUGGAGUAAAUAAUGGUGGCUGCUCUCACCUCUGCUUUGCCAGAAGUUAUGACUUUGUUUGUGGCUGUCCGGAUGACGUUGAUGCCGAGACUUGCUCCCUCAUUCCUGGUUUCCUACCCUCUGCUCCUUUACCAACCAACCACAGUGAGAAGAUCUCUGGUCCCAUCAGUCCAAACACCCAAGGCGAGCGAGGGAAUGAUGGCGUUGGGGUGACUGCUGGAAGCUGUUCAGAUGAAGAUGGGGCCCGGGGGCUUUGUGUAUCUAACGGAGCUAUACCAGCCAGCACAGCGGAUAGACUGCGCGUGCCAUAUAUAAUCGCUGGGUCGCUGUCUCUUCUGUGCCUUCUCCUUCUCAUGUCCGCGUUGCUGAUAUACAGGCACCGACGUGCAAAGCUGUCAGACCCAGGACUUGGCACUUUAACCUACAGUAACCCUUCAUACCGUACAUCCACUCAGGAAGUGAAGAUAGAAGCUGUACAUAAGCCAACUACUUGCCACCUCCAGCGGCACAGAAAAGAGACUGUUCCUGACAGUGGAUGCACUAAAGAGAAGAUCCGUAUUUUGGAAGGUUUUGGUUUACUGUCUGGAGAGGAGAGUGAUUGGGAUGACCUCAAGCAGGUGAAGCCUUCAAGGGCGAGCAUCCUUCGGGACCAUGUGUGCAUUAAGACGGACACAGUAUCCCUGCAGGCAAGCACUGCUUCUCUUGACCUGACUGAGACACAACAACUAUUACAGGAAGAACAGUCUGAGAAUGGCAGUGUCCUGCUCCCACCUACCCCUGAACGGCGCAUGUCCUUGUCGGAUACUGGCUGGAGGGGUAAUCACAUACCUUCCACGGAGAGUGAGGUGUGAAGCACUGGGGGCAUAUGGACACUGCUUAUCACUCCUUAGUAUUCUUCAACUAAUAAAGAGGUUCUGUAUCUUGUAUAAACACUCCGUCCUAUUUCCUUAAGUCUGGAUACAACUGGACUCUGCGGAGAGCCUGUGAGAAGACACAAGAAAUGGACAGUUAUUUGGGGUGGGAUACGUAUUUGUGGACCGAAACAUGGACUCAAGUGUAAGCUAUCUCUUCCUGUUGCACCUGCCUCAGUGGAACAAAAAUAAUCUAUGAAAAUUUUGCAAAAUGAUGAGCUGGCAUGAGCCUUCACUUCGUAAUGUUCUGUCAUGUACUUGAACAUAAAAACAGGUCAGCAAUUGACCCCCAGAGACCCUGCUGUAUGCAUUCAGAAACCAGUGACACAUAUUCCCAUUACAUUGUGCUGUAGGGUGACCUGCAGUCUUUAUGCAUCUGGACUUUACUUUUACUAUGGACUCCACAUGCUGUUGACACACGUGGAGAAUUAACAGAUCUAUCUAUACGACAACAAGAAUACCCAAUGGAAUUAUCUAUGAACUAACUCACACGCUCGCACAUCUUGCAAAGUAUGCGGAUGCUGUGAACGGGAAGGGUUAAGCACUGAUUCUCCUGGGAGGGAAAAAUAAUUUUAAAAAAAAAAUUCUAA